GUGGGGUUUAUAUAUGGGAGCCCAGCGGCAACUUUGGCACCUCUAUCCACUACUCUGAGGCUGGGUGGCAGACGGAGGGAGUCCGCCGGGGAACGAGUGACAGAAGAAAAGAAACGCAGGCAAAAUGCCCUCCAAUAAAGAUGACGGCGGCUGGAAGGAGUUCCUGUGGAAUUCAGAGAAGGGGGAGCUGCUGGGGCGAACGGGGGGAAGCUGGUUCAAAGUUGCGCUCUUCUAUGUCAUCUUCUUCGGCAUCCUGGCGGGGAUCUUCGUUGGCACCAUCCAGGCCAUGUUGAUGACCUUGAGUGAGAACAAGCCCACCUGGCAGGACAGAGUUGCGCCCCCUGGCCUUUCACACACCCCACGUGUUGACAAAGCUGAGGUGUUCUUCAGCGUGAGGGAGUCGGAGACCUACCUGCCUUAUGUCAAAGCUAUGAGGGACUUCGUGAAACUUUACGAUGACAACAUUCAGACCAACAACAUGUUGUUUGAGGACUGCGGUGAACAACCCGCAGACUACAAGCAUAGAGGUGACUUGGAGAGCGACAUGGGUGGCGUUAAGGCUUGCAGGUUCCCCAGGACUCUGCUGGGUCCUUGCUCCGGCAUUGAAGACAAUGAUUUUGGCUUCAAGGACGGCAAGCCAUGCCUGAUUGUGAAGCUCAACCGGAUCGUCAACUUUCGUCCCAGGCCUCCCAGCAACAAUGACAGCAUUCCUGAAGAGGCAAAGCCCAAAGUCCAGGCCAACAUCAUCCCUCUCUACUGCACUAACAAGAGAGAGGAGGAUGCUGAUAAAAUCGGGGAGAUCAAAUAUUACGGAAUAGGCGAGGGCUUCCCUCUGCAGUAUUACCCCUACUACGGCAAGCGCCAUCAUCCCCAAUACCUCCAGCCACUGGUGGCGCUGCAGUUCACCAACCUGACCCGGAACACUGAACUGCGCAUCGAGUGCAAAGUGUUUGGAGAAAACCUCUACUACAACGAGAAGGACCGCUACCAGGGACGCUUUGACAUCAAGAUCCAGGUUGACUCAUGACCGUCCGGAAUAUAGCACCCUCCAUCUCUCCCCACACGUCCCUUUAAACGGUACCGCACAUGCGAAGGGAAGAGUCGACCCUCACUAGUCUUAAACUGAUGAAAGGAAAUGCUUGUUGGGGCGUUGUGGUAAUCAGCCUUCAUUACUAGCUUCUGCACCUCUUUCUAGCCUUUAGACUUAAAUUUAGAGAAGAAAUUAGCAGUAGGGCCAAUAAGCGUCUAGUUAUUCCAAUGUAAAUGAGUUUCCCACAAGCCAUGGGACGUCACCGAAGAGUGUAAUUCAUCCCGUCUGUCCCCUCUACAUAUUGUUGCCUUGUGGUGGUUUUGGAGAGAGCAGGACUUGGUGAAUCUGGUCCCUCUAAAAUGCACCUUCCCUCUAUGCAUCUGGAGCAGCUCUUGGUGUGCCUGAAACUAAAGCACACUUUUAUUAACGCCAUGAUUUCAAACGGGCGGUUCACUCUUCUGAUCUAUGUAAGGAAAGCUGCGGUCCAGGGAGCCUCUUCCCCUUUGUGUCUUUUACCUCUGAUCAUGAGAUGCUUUAAUCUAUUUUUCCUCUUGUGGGUUUUACUGCUGGGGUUCAAACCUUUUUUUUUUUUUUGUUUAUUUGCCUUGAAUGUAGACUUGCGUGUCCAGGCUGUUAGACACUUUAGCCUGCUGUUGGGGCAAUGGUGCUGACUUGUUUUUAACAUUUCUUGUUUCUUUUUUUGUUUUUUUUUGUUCUGCUGGAUUUCAAACAGCAUUGUGGCGUAACUCUGAAUGUGCGAGUCAUUUAAACAUGGUGGGAACAUUUUUAUAUUUAUGCAGAUGUACAUUUUUGUUUCCUUGCAGAAUCUUUUAAAUGUAUAAAGGCAAUACCAAAGUGAGUUGGAGAAGCAAUGCUGUACUCCUUUCUAAGAAGGUCAUCAUGUUAAGUGCUAAAGUCCAUGUCUUGCCUUGCAACCUUUCAACAGUUAACUUCUGGUUAUGAAUGUAGUUGGAAGUAAACUAAACUAGUCGCAGGCAGAUUGAACUCCAUUCAUUUCAGAAAACGCUAACUAACUCUGCCUAAUGCUGGUACCCGAAAUACUCCAUAGGAUCUCAUGUUGAUGUUAAAUGCUCAACCUGAUGUUUAGCAAGCCUUUCAUUAGUUCACCCACCUUUAUUUCAUCAGAAAUGAAGACAAAUAAAGUAUAGUGAACCUUU